UCAGACCAGUUUUCAGUCAGAGUUAUUGUGCAAAUGAAAGUGCUCGGGAAAACCCUCAUUGCCAGAAGCUCAAACUAAAGAAGCUGGUAGGUGUAACUGCCUGUUGCCAAAAACAGAUCUUACAAAGUGGACAUUAAAUGUGUUUGAGCUUGUCACUGUAAGGAUAAGAGAGCCCACUACAGCUUUGAGACUUCAGCGUUUGGACCAUGUUCUCCUCUGCUGUCCCACACAAAAACCAGCACUACACUGAACUGAAGAGGAACUGUAUCAAGGACAAGAUACUGUUUGAAGAUCCAGAGUUCCCAGCCACCAGUGUAUCGUUGUAUUUUAGGAAACCACCUCCUGGAUUUGUUGAGUGGAAACGACCAGGGGAGAUAAGCAAUGAUCCCCAUCUGUUUGUGGAGGGCAUCAGCUCCCAUGACCUGAACCAGGGAGUUGUGGGAAACUGCUGGUUUGUCGCUGCCUGCUCCUGUCUGGCUUUGAAGCCAAACCUCUGGAAGAAGGUAAUUCCUGACUAUAGUGAGCAGGAGUGGGAUCCAAAACACCCAGAGAACUAUACAGGAAUCUUCCACUUUCAGUUCUGGGUGUUUGGAGAGUGGGUGGAUGUGGUGAUAGACGAUCGGCUGCCUACAAUCAACGGAGAACUCAUCUACUGUCACUCAAAACAAAACAACGAAUUCUGGAGUGCUCUGCUGGAGAAGGCCUACGCCAAGCUUGCUGGCUGCUAUGAGUCCCUGGAGGGGGGAAACACUGGAGACGCUGUGGUGGAUUUCAGUGGCGCUGUGGCUGAAGCCAUCGACCUGGAGAAAGAAGCUUUCUAUAAGGACCAGAAUAAACAAGAUCAGCUGUUUGAGGAUCUACUAAAGGUCUAUGACCGUGGAGGAAUCAUUAGCUGCUCCAUUAAGGCACAGCCUCAUGAAAUUGAGCUCAGGAUGGCAAACGGGCUGGUAAAAGGCCAUGCAUACUCAGUAACUGCAGUGAAGAAGGUGCGUUUGGGUCACGGGCUGCUAGCCUACUUCAAGAACGAAACCAUUCCUCUGAUCCGUAUGAGGAACCCCUGGGGCAAGACAGAGUGGAAAGGAGCCUGGAGUGACAGCUCUGAAGAAUGGUCAAAGGUUGGUGACAUGGAAAGGGGCAACCUUGGCAUAACAGUGGAGGAUGAUGGGGAGUUCUGGAUGUCAUUCACAGACUGGUGCAAGUUAUUCACAGAUGCAGAUGUCUGCCGUCUCAUCAACACUUCGCUGAUCAGUAUCCAUAAAACAUGGAAUGAAGUUGUGCACUUCGGGAGCUGGACCAAAAAUGCAGAUCCAUUUUUAAACCGCUGCGGUGGCUGUGCUAACCACAAGCAGACAUUUUUGCAGAAUCCACAGUACUUGUUUGAUGUUACCAAGGAGGAAGAUGAGGUUCUAAUCUCCUUACAACAGAGGGACAUGAAGAUCCACAGAAAAGUUGGUCAAGGAGAAAAUCUAAGCAUUGGCUUUGGUGUCUUCAAGGUGGAACUGAACAGGAAGUAUCGGAUGCAUGACAUCCUGACCCAACAGUGUAUGGCGACGUCCACCUACAUCAAUGCUCGGACAGUAUUCAUGAGAAUUACGCUCCAACAGGGCCGCUACGUCAUCAUCCCCACCACCUUCAAGCCUCAGACACUGGGGGAUUACAUGAUCCGGGUUUUCACAGAUGUGGACUCAGACUGCAGGGAGUUGACAGAGGAUAAGCCGAAAGUGAGAUGCUGGAGUUCAUUUCUUGGAUACCCACAAGCUGUGACUCACGUCUAUGUCCACGGAGCCGAAGGGCUGGAGAACCAGGACAGUACAGGAGGUGCAGACCCUUAUGUGAUCAUCUCCUGUGAGGGCCGGUCAGUAAAAUCCCCCAUCAAGAAGGAUACGUUGCAACCAGAGUUUGCAAUAAGCGGCAUUUUUUACAGGAAGAAUCCCAGGAAGCCCAUAACUGUGCAGGUGUGGAACAGCAACGCGGUGAAGGACGAGUUUAUGGGCCAAGUAGUGUUGUCUGGGUCGGAGAAGGACACCACAGACCCUCAGAAGCUUAAGCUGAGGAAGCAAGGACAGCAGAUGGCUGAUGAGAUGCCCGGUAACAUAGGUUUGAGGAUUGUCACUUCUACUCAGCUGACUGCCAUGUGACCUCUGCAGUGAACUGAGAGAGGGUUGAAUGUUUUUGUUUUUUUAACUAUGUGGUGAACAAACAGUUGUUCAACCUACUGGAUAUCAGUGCUUGUGUAUGAUUACUCUGAGCUGAAUUUUUCACUAUUAAUUGCACGUCGGUGAAUUAUUUUGCAAAGUCGAGAGGUGCGCAGGGCAAAAUUGGACAGACUGAAUGUCAUUUCCUCUAAUUUUUAUCCAAAUUUUAUUUUCUGUAUUACUUUUUUAACAAUUUUUGUUUAACUUAUAACAUAUUUUUUUAUGCUUUGCAAGUUGAUUGUAUAGAUACCACUUCUUUUUUUUAAGAUGUUACUCUAUACUGUGAGUAAUGUGGCAGUUAUUUAACUAAAGUCUUAUGAUGGUCACCUUUAUGCAGAAAAACUUGCCGUAUGUACAAUUCAUAAUUCAUGUAUCAUCUUAUUUAGGCCCAGUGUGUAACAUUUAGGGUCUAUUGGCAGAAAUUGAAUAUAAUAUUUGUAGGUAUGUUUUUUUUAUUAUAUCUGUAAUCACCUGACCCGAAUAAUAGUUGUUUUUGUUUUCUUAGAAUGAGC